UAGCUUAAGAGCUGUUCCUCUAAAUUUUUAAAACUCUCUCGAUUUAAUUAGAGUUCAAAUAAUUUUUAUAUAGUAGUUUGAUUUUACUAUUUUAAGAGAAGGUAACUAGCCUGAUUGAGUUUUAUCCCAAAAUAUACCUUUUUGUGAUAGUUUGGAAUAUUGAACAUCCUUAAGUGUUUUGUGAAUCCCUACAUUCUUAUCUACAACAGUUUUAGAAGAAUGACAUCCCUAGAAAUAUUAUAAAAAGGAAUAUGCAGAGCACCAAGGCUAUUAAGGUAGUUCUUUUCUCCCAUUUUUAGGCGACAAAACCAAUUAUGAAAACAAAUUAAGAGAAAAGAUAUCUUAUCUCUUGAUAGAGACAUUACUGGAGUUAGAUAUGACAUGAUUGAUAAACCUGAUGGCUAUACAUCGAUGGCACAAAGAUUUCACCCUGAUUAUAUCCAAAGCUCACGCAUACACUCCCCAUUCUCGGACUCUGGAAGAGAUUGCUCUUCCCAGCUCCAGUUUAGCAACUCUAGGAAUAAGAAGAAUAAGCUAAAAUUGUUGUGAAAGUCAAAGAACAGAAAGCUUAAAAAGCAAUCUUCCUUAUUUGCUAAACUUCCAUCAAAGAAUUCAGUGAAUAAGACAAAAUCUCAUACAAAAUUUGCCUUGACCAAGAUUUAUGGGACUCGGAAGAAAUCCAAGAGCAAAUUUGGCAGGUUCAGAGAGAGCUCCUUAGCCUCAAGGUCCCGGAAAUCUGUCGAUAAGAAAAUCCACAGAGAUCCUUAUAGUAGCACGAGAAUGGGAAUAACUUCAACACUUCAUGAAACUUUAGGAUCAAUUGAAGGGAUGAAAUAUAUCAAAACUACAAGGGAAAAGCUCAUAUCAACUGAUGAGAGGAAGUCCAAUAGGAUCAAGAUCACCAAGCAAAAAUUGAAGAAAGUUAAUCAAAUGAAUCUGAAAUAACUCGCAACGUACAAUGAGCCGAAAUAUUCCUAACAUAGAGGUGAGGAAUAAUGGAAAUCCUGAUUUUAAGGUUUCCUCAAUGAAACCAAGAGCCAUUACAAGAGCAAAGACACUUGAGUGUCAACCUAAACCUCAAGAGCCAGUGCUUCAGGAAGAUUUAGUUCUUAAAAGAUUGAAGGAGUUGUUUUCGAAAUUAGAAUCCUUAAAAAGUUGAAAUAUCAAUAUAUCUCGACCCCAUAAACUAAGUGAGGGUCCUAUCAUAAGAACUUUACCUGCAUGAGAAAAUUCUGUGUGAACAUCUAGCUACUCAGAGUUGGAAUAAGGGAUAAAGAAUAAUGCUAAAAUGAGUAAUUUUUAGAAUGAAACUGUGCUUGUCAUACAUAAAAUAUCUUCUAGCCUUCACAAACAUACAAUGGGUCAAACUUCCUAUCC